GGAGUGUCUGCAAGGCUCGCCCUCACUCCCAGAAGGAGCUCCUGACAGAGGAGCCUGGCGGAGGGAGUCCCGCUUCUGCCAAGCACAACAAACUUGGAGCUCUCCCCAGUCUGGCUGGUGUGCCUCAGGGAGACUCCUGCCAGGACCAGGGAGGUAGGAGACGGAGGGACCUCUACCGGGAGAGAGCAGGCCAGCUCCGGAGGGGGGCCCAUGUGGCCCCAAGGCUGAGUCCUGUCAGGGUCUGGGCUUGGCCUCAGCCCUCCAAGGAGCCGGCCCUACACUCCAUGGGUUUGCCGUUCCCCAAGGAAAAGGGGCUCAUUCUCUGCCUGUGGAGAAAGUUCUGUAGAUGGUUCCAGAGACAGGAGUCCUGGGCUCAGAGCCAAGAUGAGCAGUACCUGCUGCAGCAGAAGAGGAUCUGGGAGUACCCUCUCCUUCUAGCUGCCAAAGAGAAUGAUGUAAAGGCUCUCAACAAGCUGCUCAAGAAUGGGGCCUGUGAGGUGCUCCAGAGAGGAGCCAUGGGGGAGACAGCACUGCACAUAGCUGCUCUCUCUGACAACUUGGAGGCGGCCUUGGUGCUGAUGGAGGCUGCCCCGGAACUUGUCUUUGAGCCCAUGACAUCUGAGCUCUUUGAGGGUCAAACUGCAUUGCAUAUAGCCAUUAUGAAUCAGAAUGUGAACUUGGUGAGAGCCCUGCUUGCCCACGGGGCCAGUGUUUCUGCCAGAGCUACAGGCACAGCUUUCCACCGCAGCCCCCAUAACUGUAUCUACUUUGGGGAGCACCCUUUGUCCUUUGCUGCCUGUGUAGGCAGUGAAGAGAUUGUGAGGCUGCUUAUUGAGCAUGGAGCCGACAUCCGGGCCCAGGACUCCCUAGGAAACACAGUGUUGCACAUCCUCAUCCUCCAGCCCAACAAAACCUUUGCCUGCCAGAUGUACAACCUGCUGCUGUCCUAUGAUGGGCGCAGGAACCACCUGCAGUCCCUGGACCUUGUGCCCAAUCUCCAAGGUCUCACCCCCUUCAAGCUGGCCGGAGUGGAGGGCAACACUGUGAUGUUCCAGCACCUGAUGCAGAAGCGGAAGCAUAUCCAGUGGACAUGUGGGCCGCUGACCUCCACUAUCUAUGACAUCACGGAGAUUGACUCCUCGGGGGAUGAGCAAUCUCUGCUGGAACUUAUUGUUACCACCAAGAAGCGGGAGGCUCGCCAGAUCCUGGACCAGACGCCGGUGAAGGAGCUGGUGAGCCUCAAGUGGAAAAGAUAUGGGCAGCCAUACUUCUGCAUGCUGGGUGCCAUUUACCUGCUGUACAUGAUCUGCUUCACCAUGUGCUGCAUCUACCGCCCCCUCAAGCCCAUCACCAGUAACUGCACUGGCGCCGAGGACAUCAUUAUUCUACAGCAGAAGCUGCUCCAGGAGGCCUACUUGACCCCUAAGGAUGGCAUCCGACUGGUGGGGGAGCUGGUGAGUGUCGUUGGAGCUGUGAUCCUUCUGCUUGCAGAGAUUCCAGACAUCUUGAGAGUGGGGUUCACUUGCUUCUUUGGACAGACCAUCCUUGGAGGACCGUUCCAUGUCAUCACGAUCACCUAUUCCUCCAUGGUGCUGGUGACCAUGGUGAUGCGGCUCACUAACACCGAAGGAGAGGCAGUGCCCAUGUCCUUUGCCCUGGUACUGGGCUGGUGCAACGUCAUGUACUUUGCCCGAGGAUUCCAGAUGCUGGGCCCCUUCACCAUCAUGAUCCAGAAGAUGAUUUUUGGUGACCUGAUGCGAUUCUGCUGGCUGAUGGCAGUGGUCAUCCUGGGCUUUGCCUCAGCCUUCUAUAUCAUCUUCCAGACAGAGUCCCCCAAAGAGCUGGGCCAUUUCCACGAUUACCCCAUGGCACUGUUCAGCACCUUUGAGCUCUUCCUCACCGUCAUCGAUGGCCCUGCCAACUAUGACGUGAAUCUGCCCUUCAUGUACAGCCUCACCUAUGCUGCCUUCGCCAUCAUCGCCACGCUGCUCAUGCUCAACCUCCUUAUCGCCAUGAUGGGUGACACUCACUGGAGGGUGGCCCAUGAGCGGGAUGAGCUCUGGAGGGCCCAGGUCGUGGCCACCACAGUGAUGCUGGAGCGGAAGAUGCCUCGCUGCCUGUGGCCUCGGUCCGGGAUCUGCGGGCGGGAGUAUGGACUGGGGGACCGCUGGUUCCUGCGGGUGGAAGACAAACAGGAUCUCAACCAGCAGCGACUCCGGCGCUAUGCACAGAUCUUCCACAACCUGGGCUCCGACGAUGAGGUGGACAAGGAAUCGGAGCUGGGCAAAGAAUCGGAGCUGGACAAAGAUGCUGAAAGACUGCAGCUGGGCCUCCCCUUCAGCCCCUACCUGUCCCUUGCUACCCCCUCGGUGUCUCGGAGUACCUCCCGUAGCAGCACCAACUGGGAGAGGCUUCGGCAGGGGACCCUAGGGAGAGAAUUGAAGGGAGCGCUCAACAGGGGUUUGGAAGAUGGGGAGGGCUGGGAAUAUCAGAUCUGAGAGCUGCAGAUGCCCUCAUUUUCCUGGGAGCAUCACAAACACGAAAACAAAACCCCAAAUACUUAAAAGUCUAAUGUCUCAGGUCAGAGGGGAAAGGAAAGUAGAAUGCACUAGGAAUGGGAAUAACUGUGCCCACGUCUCCACUACUCCUUCGGCUCUGGGGCAAAUGGCACUCAAGGAAGUGGCCCACGCCUCACCCCAAGCACAGGCUGAGUGCGAAAGCCAAUGAGGCCCCGGCCUGUGCCCGCUCUUGGGCCUUACUGAAGUACUCUGCACUGUCGGAGCCAAGCACUUUAAGGACAGGCAUCCAGUCUCCACCUCAGUGUCCGAGGGGGUGGGGAGAGCCCAGGCAUUUGUGGGGAGGCUUGCGGAAAGUGUGUGAGCGAGGAAAGAGGUACCACUUUGAGGGUGGGGUGAAGCUGGCUGUGUCUUGCUAACUUCUAC